AUGAGCAAGUCGUACUCCUCCUCAGCCCAGAGCGCCUCCUCAUACCGGCGCACCUUUGGCUCUGGAGUUGGUGCCUCACCAAUGUCAUCCCUCUUCUCCUCUCUCGGAGGGGCCAACAGGUCUUCCUCCAGCCACAUGUCAUCCAGCGUGUAUGAGGUCAAGAGUCGCGGCGUUCCUUCCUACUCCAGCUUCAGAGCUGGUGGUGGAGCCGGCUUGAGCUCCUCCACCGCCAUGCGCUCCUACGCCGGAGAGAAGCUCGACUUCAACCUGGCGGAUGCCAUGAACCAAGACUUCCUCAACACAAGGACCAACGAGAAGGCCGAGCUCCAGCACCUCAACGACCGCUUCGCCAGCUACAUCGAGAAGGUGCGCUUCCUGGAGCAGCAGAAUGCGGCGCUGACGGUAGAGAUCGAGAAGCUGAGGGUCCGGGAGGGGCCGGGGCGCGUGGCUGAGAUGUACGAGGAGGAGAUGAGGGAGCUGAGGAGGCAGAUCGAGGCCCUCUCCAACCAGCGCGCCAGGGUGGAGGUGGAGAGAGACAACCUGGCUGAUGACCUGCAGAAACUGAAGCUCAGACUGCAAGAAGAGAUCCACCAGAAGGAAGAAGCUGAGAACAACCUGACUGCUUUCAGAGCCGAUGUCGACAGUGCCACUCUGGCCAGGCUGGACCUGGAGAGGCGCAUUGAGAGCCUGCAGGAAGAGAUCGCCUUCCUCAAGAAGAUCCACGAGGAGGAGAUCCGAGAGCUCCAGAACCAGAUGCAGGACACCCAGGUGCAGAUCCAGAUGGACAUGUCCAAGCCUGACCUGACAGCUGCUCUGAGGGACAUCCGCGUUCAGUACGAAGCCAUAGCCGCAAAAAACAUAGCAGAGGCUGAAGAGUGGUACAAGUCCAAGGUUUCUGAUCUGAACCAAGCUGUGAACAAGAACAACGAUGCCCUGCGUCAGGCCAAGCAGGAGAGCAUGGAGUACAGACACCAGAUUCAGUCCUACACCUGCGAGAUCGACUCCCUCAAAGGCACUAAUGAGUCUUUGCUGCGCCAGAUGAGAGAGAUGGAGGACCGUGUGGGCCGCGAGGCUUCUGGUUACCAAGAUACUAUUUCACGGCUGGAGGAAGACAUCGCAAAGAUGAAGGAUGACAUGGCUCGCCACCUGAGGGAGUACCAGGACCUCCUGAAUGUGAAGAUGGCCCUUGAUAUUGAAAUAGCAACAUACCGCAAACUGCUGGAGGGAGAGGAGAGCAGGAUAACUACAUCUGCACCUCUCCAGUCUGCCUAUUCCUCCAUUGGAUUCAGAGAGACCAGCCCUGAAUCCCAACACCAGCGUGGAUCCGAGGUUCACUCCAAAAAGACUGUCCUCAUUAAGACCAUCGAGACCCGAGACGGAGAGGUUGUCAGUGAAUCCACACAGCAUCAGCAAGACAUCAUGUAAAGAAGCAACAAGAAGUUUUCAAAACAAGUGAACAAAAAAGGAAGAAAAAAAAAAGGUUUCCACAAUGGCUUUAAUUAAAGAUAUCCGAUCCUGAACUCCUAUGUACCCGAUAAAAUCCAUUCUACAGGCACGAUGCCUUUCGUCUAGUUCUAAAGGGCAUUCCAGGAAAUAUAUCCAAAAUAUCAUCCGACCUUGUUAAAUCUUUUCCUCAGAAAUAAUUCUUAGACACUGCUGUAUUGUUAACGACAGUUUAGAAAAAUGUAAAGGUUGAAAACAGAUCAAUAAGCUUGAAGCACCGUGGUUAAAGAACACGCUCAAUGCACAUUUUUCCUGAUUUCUUUGUACAAACGCAUACGGGUGAGGUUGGCUUUUAUCAAGUUGCUCAUUUACAGAAUGUGAGAAGGUGGACAUUAAAAAAACAUCUAAAAGUGAAAGAAAUUAAAGGAGAGAACUCAGUUAUGUUUGAAGUUGGACCUAAGAAGCAUCUCCUGGCUGUUUGAUGGGACGUGUUACCAUGGAAUCCUGUUUCACUGUGACUAAAUACUCUAAUAAAAGCAAACUUUACUAUCAAAA